AGAUGCUCGCCUGAGAAUCGCUCGUAAAAAACGAUUUUCACAGCGAAUACUGAAUAAAAGUCAAAAAAUGGGUCAAUCCACGUCAAAAGUCCCCCCAUCAUCUCCGCCAAAUGAGCCGAAAUUCGUGCAGAACACACCAAUCUCGUCGCCAGGAUUCGGACGUGCACAGACGAUGCUCGACGUCUCCCAACUGGCCGCUGCUGCUGCCACGUUGGAUGCUCCGACACUUCAGAGAUCGUCUUCUGACACCGCGUUGAACACGUCGAUGACGACGACGACAGUCACGCAAACCGCCUGCCAAAAGUCGUACCAACAAGCUCUGGAGUGGGGCCGCAACGAGCAAUUCCUCAAGUUGGCUCACACAUUUCACACCAACAAUUAUUGAUACUCUCUCUCUGAUUUUCCUGUUAAAUUUGUUCCCAUUCUCUCCCCCCCCCCCCCCCCCCCCCAAUUUGGGUUCCCAUUUUCACUUGCUUUAUGUACCCCAAAAUGGUUUUUUUUUCGCAAUUUUAAUUAUUUGCGCUGACAAAUAAAGCUUUGUGGAUUUU